ACGACAGAAGUGGGACUUUUGUUUUGUUCCCUCUUCCACUCGAGCACAAACCCGGAAGAAGGAAAUAAUGUCCGUUGUCGUCCACUAGAGCAAGUCAGUUUGAGGUCGACUGGAAGUUUACCAUGGCGAUGACAAGUCAGACGUCCUGCUCCUCGAUGAGCAACCACACUAAGGAAAGGGUCACCAUGGCCAAAGUGACGCUGGAGAAUUUUUAUAGCAACCUGAUAUCACAGCACGAGGAAAGGGAAAUGAGGCAGCAGAAAUUGGAGAAGGUCAUGGAUCAAGAGGGACUAGGUGAUGAAGAGAAGCGUCUCAGGCGGUCUGAGCAUGCUAGGAAAGAGACUGAGUUUCUUCGUCUCAAACGAACACGGCUUGGUUUAGAGGACUUUGAGUCACUCAAAGUGAUUGGUCGAGGAGCUUUUGGAGAGGUGCGGUUAGUUCAGAAGAAGGACACGGGACAUGUUUAUGCCAUGAAAAUCUUGCGUAAGGCUGAUAUGCUUGAGAAAGAACAGGUUGGCCAUAUUCGAGCAGAAAGGGACAUCCUUGUAGAGGCAGACAGUCUUUGGGUGGUGAAGAUGUUCUACAGCUUUCAGGAUAAGAUGAAUCUCUACCUCAUCAUGGAGUUUCUGCCUGGAGGUGAUAUGAUGACUCUACUGAUGAAGAAAGACACUUUAACAGAGGAGGCCACACAGUUUUAUAUUGCUGAGACUGUGCUGGCUAUUGACUCCAUUCACCAGAUGGGCUUCAUCCACAGAGACAUCAAACCAGACAAUCUCCUGCUGGACUCAAGGGGUCACGUGAAGUUGUCUGAUUUUGGCUUAUGCACUGGUCUGAAGAAAGCUCACCGCACAGAGUUCUACAGGAACCUUAAUCACAGCCUUCCCAGCGACUUCACGUUCCAGAACAUGAACUCAAAGAGGAAAGCAGAAACAUGGAAACGAAACAGGAGACAGUUGGCUUUCUCCACUGUUGGAACCCCUGACUACAUCGCUCCAGAAGUGUUUAUGCAAAAUGGGUAUAACAAGCUUUGUGAUUGGUGGAGUUUGGGUGUCAUUAUGUAUGAAAUGCUGAUAGGUUACCCUCCAUUUUGCUCUGAGACGCCUCAGGAAACUUACAGGAAAGUGAUGAACUGGCGGGAAACUUUGACAUUUCCACCUGAGGUCCCAAUUUCAGAAAAGGCCAAGGAUCUGAUCCUCAGGUUCUGCUGUGAGAGUGAACACAGGAUUGGAGCCACUGGAGUGGAGGAGAUCAAAACUAACCCUUUCUUUGAGGGAGUGGACUAUGACCAUAUCAGGGAGAGACCAGCGGCUAUUCCAAUUGAGAUCAAAAGCAUUGACGACACCUCCAACUUUGACGAGUUUCCUGAUUCAGACAUCCUCCAGCCUUCAGUCGCUCCUGUGUCCAACCACACUGAGGCAGAUCUGAAGAGUAAAGACUGGGUGUUCAUCAACUACACCUACAAGCGCUUUGAGGGGCUAACCGCGCGAGGAGGCAUCCCAUCGUACAUGAAAACUGGGAAGAGAUAGGCUUCGAUAGGACUUGUUAACUUGCUGCACUCUUUCAGUGGUUGUUUUUCGCAUAAGGAGACGUUCUCCAUUGCUCCACCUCGCAUCUCAAGGAUCCUACAUCGUCCGUUUCCUGUUUUGACUCGCCCAUUUAUGGAUGUGGACUUCACCCACACUAAAUCCAUAGAAAGACACAGUCAAAGUUUUAUCUAAGGGCUUCUUUUCCUUUAACACCCUGAAUGUGCUCAUUUCAUCCCUGAGCUUUUCCUUUUUUUACUUCUUAAGGAUCUAACAUUUAAGGCAAUCAUCUUUUAGGUUGCCAGAUUUUGUACAUUUUGGAAUGGAGAUAUUUUAGUACUCUUGACACUGGUUUAAAAAAAAAGGGCUUGAAUGGAAGCUAGUUAAACCUCCUGCAUUCAUAAUUGGUUUUAAUUGCAUUAGCAGAGGUGGAUCAUUAGUUUGUUAUUUCCAUAAACUAGUGUUUAUGGUAGAAGCCCCGUCUCAGCAUUUUUCAAGUCCACGUCUGCUGUACUCAUCUUAAAGACUAAAAACUUCUAUUGUAUUCAAUAAGAUGGUUGUUUUGAAAAUCCAUACUUACUUUUACCAUCCAAGAUCUCAGCGACAAUGGAAAACAUGGGGCUUCAUAGUCAGUCUUUUCUGAAUGUGAUUCACACAAACCCCCAGAGCUGCAGAUGUUGCCUUACAUUCGGAUUCUUCCUAUACAUCAGCAGAAACAUCAUGAAUGCAUUCGCCAAUCAAACCAAAUUGUUCAUCAACAUACCAGGAAACUUUACCAGCUGAUGUCAAAGACCAAGCAAACUCUAGCAAACGCACCAGCGUUUGUUUUUUAUUUAAUGAGUAGUUUUAGCCACUAACUGAUUCAGAAGUUGCUUGGUGCUAAUGCUGUUGUUGUUCUUAAUAAAGGGGCUCAUUGCUGAUGUUCGGGGAACAAAGCCACAUUUUUUGCAUCUUGAGGAGAAUAACAACACUAUUCAGGGAUUUGAAUUUGAUUGAGUCUUCCAUUUUAAUAUGGGGAUGAAAUGUUCAAUGCAAAAUUUUUAUAUUACCAAAGAGGCGCCACUUGAUCGGCUUUAUGGCCUUGACUUUCAGUGUUUGGUCGUGGAUGCUUUGGCUUUCAUACAGCAUUAAUUAUACGUUCUUAAGCUGUUAACGUAUAGACUUGUAGCAAAAUAUUCAUUCCAUAAUGGUUCCAAUCAGUCUGCGUUAUUGGAAGCUGCUUGUAUCAGCAUGUUGCUUGUGAUGGCUUUGUAAAAAAAAAAAAAAAAUCAAACAAAGGUCCAAGUACGAUUUUGUGAAGUGUGUGAGAUUCCAGACAGUGAAUGACUGAGUCAUAGUUCUACAAUCAGGACCCAUAUGUCUUCUUUCUAUGACCAAAUUGAAUGUAUCUU